GUUUUCUCAGUUCAGUUAGGUUGAGUGCUAAACGCAAACGUGCAUGCAAAAAUGACCUGUUGGAAGGCAAACUACAUCAAUUUCUUUGUUCUCGCAGCAGUCUUGUUUGUUUCAAGCGAAAAGGUGCCUAAGUACCCCAGCUACAAGAAGGUCUUGGGGAAGGUAGCAAAUUCUCUCGCUGUUCCGCAAAUAAGAAAUGUCUCGUCGAAGACUCAUUUUGAAGUCUGUGCUGAAGAGGGAGAAGAGAUAUUCUACUGUCCUCUGGAUGAAAUAUGCUGCACGCCAGGGGAUCCAGCAAGUAGAUGUUGCCCGGCAGAGUAUCCACUUUGCUUACCCAAGGAAAACCCAGUAGGAUGCUGCCCAGUAGGAUACCCAACGUUAUGUGGCCUAUAUUGUUGCAAGGAAGGCAGCUUUUGCUGUAAUGGGAUGGACUGUUGUGAUAGAAUAGGCGCUUGUUGUGGGGCUCGGUGUUGCGAAAAUGGUGAAUUUUGCUGCAAUGGCAUAAGCUGUUGUGAUAGUGUAGGUGCUUGUUGUGGGGUUCAGUGUUGCGAGUUUGGCGAAUUUUGCUGCAAUGGCAUAAGCUGUUGUGAUAGUGUAGACGCCUGUUGUGGGGCUCAGUGCUGCCCAGAAGAUGCCCCUUGCUGUAAGCAGGAUGGAUCCUCAGCAUGCUGUGACAAAGUUACCAUGGCCUGUUGUGACGGAUACGGAUGUGUUCAUCCUUGCCCAUCUCAGUUUGAUGCCCUAGGUUGCCAACUGACAAGCUUGUUUCUUGAUAAUAACCGCUUAGAGACACUAUAUACAUCGACAAAAAACGUUUAUCGAAUACUGCGCCCAGACGAAAAUCCUGAGGGAAUUGUCGCAAGAGAUCCAGUUGCCGAGAAAAAUGUUCUCUCGCAUGUUAAUUGCGGAAGUCGAUCAAAUUACGCUUCGCAGUUUAUAUCAACAUCAGCAUCCUUAGACGUGGCCAAGGACUACAAAGAAAAAGGCGAGGAAAAAGGUCUAACUGGAUUGAGAAUUUGCGAAUUUGAAGUGGAUAAAUUGCCCCAGACUUGCCAGAUGGUGGACCUUACAACCGAGGAGAACCGAGACAAGUACCUGGGAAACGCUCUGAGCAAAACCUAUGCCAAGGUAUCGGCGGAGAUUCUUCUCCAAUGUGAUGCGCCAAUUCCCUGUACGGUUAUUGAUCCCCCAACCGAGCGUGAGACGAAGAAGUUUGCAGAUAUUCCAUUUGAACUUUAGAUGGAACAUUUCAUCGAUGUUCAGGAAAAUUUGAAGCCUUGAAUUGUUUAUGACUAGUUAGUGUACUGAUUUUAAGAUCAAAACCGGGAAGGGGAUAAUUUUAUAAAUAAUAGAGGUCUCUUGUGAUAAAGUUCCAGGUUUUUCAUCCAUCAGUCUAGAAUUUGUGUUCGAAAAAAAGCUUUCUGCGCGAAAGGAAAAGUAACAAAUUGAAUUUAUUUGCAUUUAACUAAUGUUUCUAUCAAUUAAUCGUCUUAACUUUUAAAUUAAAAAAAAAAUCCCUGAAAUAUUCGUUUUAGUUACAAACAGGUAACAGGAAGUUGAUUUUUACCCGAAUUAAUUUUUCUAAGAAUUUGCGAAGGGACUUUGAAUCUUUCAUCUAACUCAAUGGAAGGAAUUGAAGCUUGGCGGCUUUGCUACCUUCGUAGACGUUGCCAAUUGUGAAUCAAUUACCCCGGAUCUUAAUAAGCUUACAUUUGAAUUAUCAUUAAAACUAUGGUUCUAAACAAAGUACAAUGUCAUUUCUCGCGUCAUUCAAGAGGAAACACA